AUGAUUAUUAUUGUUCCUUUCAUCAAUGACAAUUCAUUCGGACAUUCAUGUUCAGUAUGUGACAGGUUGUGGUAUAAAAACGAUUUAAAAAAGCCAUCUGGUGAACAUAAGGAUAUUCUCACAAAAAUUAUACCAAAUAUACCUAUGGCAAAUACUCAGCUUUGUAAUACAUGCGUCCAGGCUUUAAAUAAAAAUAAUAUACCAUUGAUGUCAACGUACAAUGGUUUCAAAUUUCCGGAAAUGCCUGAAAAUUUACCAGCAUUGGAUUUAAUAUCAGAAAGGCUCAUAUCACCACGUAUUCCUUUUAUGCAAAUUAGAAGAUUGAGGCAUGUAAAUGGUCAAUAUGGUAUUUACGGUCAAAUAAUAAACGUGCCUGUUUCAGUUAAUAAUAUGGUUAAAUCAUUUCCAAGAAAUGUUGAUGACGAUUAUUGUAUAAAUGUCCAUAUUAAGCGUAAAAAAAUUCAUCGAUCUAGUUAUUUACACGGUAUUAUCAACGAACGUACAAUCAAAACUUGGCUGCGAUUUUUAAUUUCAACUCCGUUGUACACAAUGUACGAUAUUAAAAUUGAUGAUUCAUUUUUUACUGAUAACCAAAUUGACGACCAAAUUCAACAAGCUGAUAUCAGCGAACAUAUACCGAUAGAAGAAAGUUUGACAGCACAACAACAGACAUUAAUGUGGGAUGAAGAACAGUACUUACGCAUUGCACCUGGUGAAGAAAAUGCACCUCAAAGUUUAUUAUUUGAUGAACACGCUGAAGAACUUUCUUUUCCAGCGGUUUAUUUGGGUCAGUUCCGUAAUUUUAAGGAUGAUGUCAAAGUAACACCAUUCGCGAUGGCUUCUAGUGAACUUAGAAGAUCUGAUCGUCGUGCGGUGACACCAUAUCAUUUAUUGUAUAUGGCAAUGAAAAUUAUGAGAAUUCGAGUUCGUGACUCUCUUACAAUAGCUUUCAAGCACGUUGGUAAAGAUACUAAAAUCACUAGACAGCAAAUAGAAGAUGAUGAGUACAUUCAUAAUUGUAUUGAAACCAAUCUUGCAUUUUUAAGAUCAAUUCCAAAUUCUACUUGGUAUUGGAUGGAUCGUAAAAAAGAUCUUUUUGCUAUGAUCAGACAGUUUGGGAAACCAACUGUAUUUCUUACUGUCAGUGCCAAUGAAAUAGGGUGGAAUGAUCUGCUUCAAAAGCUGUACAAACUUAAACACAACGGUGAAUCGACUAUUUCUGAAGAAGUUGCUGAAAUUUUACACUAUCUGGAAAAAACAACACUUGUCAACGAGGAUGCAGUUACAUGUGCUAUACAUUUCAACAAAUUAGUUAAUGUGUUGUUAAAAAUUUUAACAUCACCAAAAAUUAGUCCAUUUGGAAAGUACUAUGUUGUCCACUACUUUAAACGCAUUGAGUUUCAGCAUCGUGGUAGUCCACAUGCUCAUACACUACUGUGGUUGGCUAAUGCUCCAUUGGAUGCACUCGAUAAAAAUAAAUUAGAUGCUAUCACAUUAAUUGAUUAUUUAAUAUCUUUUUCAUCUCAAGAAGCAUCAAACAAUAUUAAAUUACAAACACACAAGCAUACGUUUACAUGUUACAAAAAAAUAGUUGCAAAUAAACCUCAACAAUGCAGAUUUGAAGCGCUUUUCAUGCCUAGUAGAUCUACUACAAUACUAUCACCUAUGCAAAAAGAUGAACCAAAUUUCAAAGAUUAUGCUCAACAUUAUAACAAUAUUCUUCGAGCUGGAAUUAAACGACCAAGAGUAUUUGUCAAACGUCAACCUUGCGAAAAGUGGCAUAACCCCUUCAAUCCGUUCGUAUUCAACAUCGUUCGAUCUAAUAUGGACAUCCAGUUUAUCACUGAGGAAUACUCCUGUGCUAAUUAUGUCGCGGAAUAUGUGAAUAAAACAAACCGUGGUGUUAGUCAUUUACAACGACAAAUUAUUGAAAUUAUGGAUGAGCAUCCUGAAUUUGAUGUUGUUGAAAUAACAAGAAAAAUAGGCGUAAAUAUGCUUAACGGUGUGGAGAUCACUAGUCAAGAGGCUGCUUGGUAUUUGUUACGGGAACCAAUGUCAAAGUGUUCAACGGUUGUUACUACUAUUCCAACUAUGUGGCCAGUUGAUCGUCAAAGAAUAAAAAAGACACAAAAAGAAUUAGAUGCGUUGGGCAUUGGAGCCGAUUCAACAAAUAUUUGGAAAGAAAACUGGUUUGAUAAAUAUAAACGCAGACACGAAGACUUGGAAAAUGUUACUUUAGCUCAAUUUGUUGCUGUUUAUACUAUUAAAUCUAAUGGCACUUACACAAAAAGAAAAGCCCCACGUGUUAUUCGUUAUCGGAAUUAUGACAUGGGAAAAGAUCUGAAUGAAUAUAAACGUGAAAUGGUAACCUUACACUUUCCCUUUCGAAACGAAGAUGAAGAAAUACUCGCUGAAAUAAAAUUUAUCGAAAUAUACAACAACAAUGAGAAUAUAAUUUUAAAUAGACGCAAGGAGUUCGAAUCUAAUUUGGAUACACAAAAGACAAUUGAAAUUUGUCGAAAUUUGUGUCGAGAAGAUGAUUUUCAAGAUGAAAACGAAGUGCAAGAUGUCGUCAACGUGAUGCCUGAUCCAAAUCCAUUUCAAAAUUUAUACGAUAAUCCUAUUUCUGAUGUGAAUAGUGAUCUUCGAUUAGCUGUACUCAACAAACUGGGUCCCAUUGCUAAAAAACGAGAAAAUUUAAUGCCAAAUGCCGAAUUUUUCGAGUUGAUGAGGAUGGCAAAUGAUAAACAACAAGAACUUUUGCUACAUGUUAUCUCAAAUCUAUUAAGCUCAAAUAGUGAUCCAUUCCAAAUAUUUUUUACAGUACCAGCAGGAUGUGGAAAGACUUUCGUUAUAAAACUUCUCAUGGAGAUUUAUAACCGCUUCACUGAUAACGAUGGGUAUUGCAACUCUUACAUUGCUUGUGCUUCAACAGGUAAAGCUGCUGUUGCAGUAGACGGGACUACUGUGCAUACUGCUUUAAAAGUAAGUUUGUCCAAGUUACUUCCCCUAAGUACUGAAGUAGCUCAUCAAUACAGAACAUUAUUUAAAUACGUUAAAGUAUUAAUUGUUGAUGAAAUCAGUAUGGUCGGAGCUGAAUUACUUGCUCAAAUUGACUCACGUUUAAAACAGAUUACAGGAAAUAUUAAUAUCAACUUUGGAGGUAUAGAUGUCAUUUUCAUUGGAGAUUUACGCCAGUUACCACCAGUUAGAGCUACUCCAAUCUACAAACAACAAAAACAAAGAAUUGUUGGACCUGUAUUGUGGCGUGGAUUGAAAUUUUAUGAGCUCAAGCAAGUAAUGAGACAAGCAAAUCAACAGUUUUCUACAAUCUUAACUAAAAUUGGAAAUGGUGAACAACUUGACGAUUUCGAGUUAAACUUAUUAGAAUCACGUUUUGUAACUAUUCAAGAAGGAGAAACUAAAUGUCCACAUGGGAUCCGAUUAUUCAAUACAAAUGAAGCUGUACCGAAAGAUGUAUUCAUUGGUUGUACUUCGGCAGAGCAAACUACUUCCUUUCGUCAAAAACUACACAAAAUAUCAUUAAUUGAUACUGGAGGAUUACCAUACGAAACUGUAUUCGUGGUAAACGUCUUCUACAUGAUAACAACAAAUAUAGAUGUGUCUGAUGGCUUAGCAAAUGGGGCUGUUGGUAGACUAGUUUAUAUAGAAUAUAAUGAUGAUAGAGACGUAAAUGUUGUGUGGCUUGAGUUCCCGAACUCAUUAAAGAUUGGUCAAAAAAUUCGAAGAAAAGUCGCUGGACAUGUAGCUGCGCAUCAAAUUAGUAAAACAGCAGUGCCUAUCACGAGAAGAUCUUCGACUAUUCCUCUAAAUAACAGUAAAACAAUAAAUGUUAAACGUUCACAUUUACCUUUAGUUUGCGCUUGUGCAACAACUAUUCAUAAGUCGCAAGGAAGUACAUACCCUGAAAUUGUCUAUGAAUAUAAAAAAAAGCAUCCCUGGUCAUUAGUUUAUGUCGCUUUAUCACGCGUUACAAGUAUCGAUGGGUUAUACAUCACUACAAGAGACAAUGAUAAAACAUUUUUUCAUGGACGAAGACCUUCAACUGCAAUCGCUAAUUUACGAAAUGAAUUUCAAAGACUCUUGAAUAAUCGUUUGAAUACUAUCAUUCAAUAUAAACGACCAAAUCGUCGAGCUGGAGGCGUUGCUAUUUAUCACGGUGCAAACGAUACUACAAGUAUUAUUACUCCUUGUAUUGACAUGACAGUGAGACAGUCCGAAUUUGUAAGUUCAUCAACGUCGCCAGUUGGUAAAUUUUGCGUAGCUGAGUGUAUAAUGGAAGAUGUAUCUACAACACGGCAUGGCACCACUAUUGAUGCUGUAUUUACAAGAUAUUUAUCUAACGUUUCAACGAGAUCAUUUAUAUCAUAUUUUAGUUACCACAAACCUCUUGUUACUCACAUGCCUAUUCAAUCACUACCAGAAGAAUCUGCGAAUAUAGAAUAA